AUGUCUUCCACAUCCUUGCUAGUGUUGCUGCUGGGACUGGUGGUUCUCACUACCUCGUCUCUUGCUGACUACCCCAAGCAUCCCCCACUUCAGAAACCACCUACGGAACACCAACCACCAACUAAACCUCCCAAUGGAGAGAAGCCACUCCCCGAACACAAGCCACCAAGUCCAUUUGGCAAACCACCCCAGGGAGAGAAGCCCCCACCACAACACAAGCCAUCUGACAAAACUCGUAAGCUUCUCCAGGUAGAGAAGCCGCUUCCGGAGCACAAGCCACCGGUGAAGGAACCACCUAUGGAACACCAGCCACCAAAUGAACCUCCCAAGGGAGAGAAGCCAGUUCCCGAACACAAGCCACCAAGCCCAUUUGGCAAACCACCCCAGGGAGAGAAGCCGCCACCAGAACAAAAGCCAUCUGACAAAACUCGUAACCUUCUCCAGGGAGAGAAGCCACUCCCCGAACACAAGCCACCAAGCCCAUUCGGCAAACCACCCCAGGGAGAGAAGCCACCACCAGAACACAAGCCAUCUGACAAAACUCGAAACCUACUCCAGGGAGAGAAACAACUCCCGGAGCACAAGCCACCGAUGAAGAAACCACCUACGGAACAGCAGCCACCAACUGAACCUUCCAAGGGAGAGAAGCCAGUUCCCGAACACAAGCCACCAAGCCCAUUUGGCAAACCACCACAGGGAGAGAAGCCGCCACCAGAACAAAAGCCAUCUGACAAAACUCGUAACCUUCUCCAGGGAGAGAAGCCACUCCCCGAACACAAGCCACCAAGCCCAUUCGGCAAACCACCCCAGGGAGAGAAGCCACCACCAGAACACAAGCCAUCUGACAAAACUCGAAACCUACUCGAGGGAGAGAAACAACUCCCGGAGCACAAGCCACCAAGCCCAUUAGGCAAACCACCAAAGGGACAGAAGCCACCUCCUUCCGGUCACAACCCUGGGCACCCUCCUGCAGAGAGUGCCGAAGACUCAUACAAGCCACCUCAGAAGAUUACGCCUCCUUCAACUCCAACAAAGAAGCCACCAGCUCCUACCCAGAAGCCACCCCACAAACCACCAUCUCCUACCCAUCCCAACUGA